CCCCCCUUCUUCCGAUAAUGAAGAUGAAGAUGAAGACAAUCUUGAAGUACAAACAAGGGAAAGGGUGCAACAAAUGUGUGUGAACAUUGAAGAAAUCAAAACAAGUCUUCAAAGGCUGGAGAAAAGGGUGGAUGAGCAGCUUGGUGGAGUAAAAGACCUGCUGCUUCAGGUUAUUGAUAAAGUCAACACUGCUUUACAGGAAAAGGGGGGUCCAUCUGCCCCAAGUCAUCAUGAAAAAGACACAGAAGUUUGUGCACCACAUGCUGAAGAUCAAAAUAUGUCUACACAUGGUGUUGACAAUGCAAGGACCGUGGGUGAAGGAGA